CUGUUUUCAACACAGGGCAACUUCACAGACUUAGCGUGUUGUCAGUUAACUAGCUGAAUCAUUUGGUUGAAGUCUCCCCUUUUCUUGUGAUUGUACGUGUAUUGCAGUGCAAUGGCGGCAAGAUAUGACAGAGCUAUUACUGUCUUUUCUCCCGAUGGCCAUCUCUUUCAAGUGGAGUAUGCACAAGAGGCUGUAAAGAAAGGUUCCACGGCGGUUGGAAUCAGAGGUAAAGACAUUGUUGUCCUUGGUGUUGAGAAGAAAUCUGUAGCAAAGUUGCAGGAGGAAAGGACUGUCCGCAAGAUAUGUGCCCUGGAUGAGCAUGUCUGCAUGGCAUUUGCAGGUCUGACGGCAGAUGCCCGUAUUGUGAUUAAUAGAGCUCGGGUUGAGUGCCAGAGCCACAGGCUAACUGUUGAGGACCCAGUCACAGUGGAAUACAUCACACGCUACAUAGCAACACUGAAACAGCGCUACACUCAAAGCAAUGGCCGCAGGCCAUUUGGGAUCUCUGCGUUAAUUGUUGGCUUUGACUACGAUGGGACUCCCAGGCUGUAUCAGACAGAUCCAUCAGGAACCUACCAUGCCUGGAAGGCAAAUGCAAUCGGCCGUAGUGCAAAAACUGUGAGGGAGUUCCUGGAGAAGAAUUACACAGAUGAAGCCAUUGCUGGGGACAAUGAGGCAAUCAAGUUGGCUAUCAAAGCUUUGCUUGAGGUUGUCCAGUCAGGAGGGAAAAAUAUUGAACUUGCUGUUAUCAGACGGAAUCAGCCACUGAAGAUUUUGGAAUCCAAGGAAAUUGAGACCCUGGUGGCUGAGAUUGAGAAGGAAAAAGAGGAAGAGGCAGAGAAGAAGAAGCAGAAAAAGUCCACUUGAGUUUCUUUAUUGCACUUGGAUAACAAUAGCAUAUUUGGGUUGCAAAUAUUAAGGUUUAGAGGGUUUACUUCCCUCAGUUAUUUCAUUGUAAAGAGCUAAAUCAUAACUUGAGAUCCCGUUCAUGUUCAAAAAUUUUUGAACACGUUUCUGAAUGAUACUGUACCAUUUGCAAAGAAUGUCAAGUUCCUCUACUUCCAGCUAUUGAGUUGACUGAUGUUGAAAAGCACAUACAUAGAUCUCAAGUUAGGGUUUAGAUCUUGAACUACGCUUACAAGAUGUUUUUAUAUCAUUCACCAAACAGCUGUGAUGGUGAUGACCGUUUGCAAUGUUCAGAAACAUAAUGAAACAAAAUAGUCAAUAAAAGCUGACUUGUUUGUAA